UCCAACUCUGUUGGGGCUCCAAGUGUCCCUUUCCGCUGUCUGAAGCCUCACACUCCCUCUUGGGACUUGGAGAGUCCACCCACUGCAAUGCCAGUGUGCUUGGCAACAGCCAAGAUAUUGCGGUGCUCAGGGGGAGGGGAAAAGCCAGCCCAGCUGCACCCUCCCACUUCACUUGGCCCAUUCCCUCCUCCUGGCUGCCCAAGGCUCUGCAUUGCCUUUCUCACUUACUCUCCUUGGGAAGAGCAUCACAGCAGCAUCCUCACUGCCAAGGUCCAGGAAUUGAGUCAGGAGUUCAGGAACAGCUGCCCUCCAGAGGGAUGGCUUCUUCACCUCAUUGAACAAGCCAGCCCUUCUGGUGCCCUGGUGGGUCCUGCAAACAGACCAGGGUGAGGUUUAGCCUCUGGGACUCUGUUGGCUGGUGCUUUCUGACCAUGGAUGACAAGGUAACUAUUCGAGGUAACACUCCCAGAUGGCAACCAUACAUUGCUGGAUUGCAGUUCUUGCAGGAGGGUAGAAGCAGGGAAUCUUCCCAAUCCCCGCAAGUCCCACCCAUCUUUUUAACCUAUCAUACAGUCCCCCACAAAGAGCCUCCCUUCUUUCUGGGUUUCUUUUUGGGGUCAGGGAACCAUUUUCAUUUCUUUUGCUCCAUAAACUACUUUGAGAACUUCUUCUUGUUGUUGUAGAAAAGUGAUAUAUAAAUAAUAAUCCUAAUACAUUAUUAUUUUGUUCAACAACCACAAACGUCAAAGAGCAGUUGGAGCAAGAGAGUGCAAAAUAUACUUAAUUGUUCAUGAAUGAUUUAUGUAUCCGUUUGUUCAUUUAUUUAUGGUGCUCCAUCAGUGUACAUAGCGCUCUAGAGAAUUCUGUAAACAAGAAGUAGACAGGUUGGAAUUAAUGGAUUAAUAGCUGUUUCACCAUAAAGAGCAAUUUUCACUUAUUCAUGCUUGCUUCUCCAGCAGGUUAAAGUUAUAUACUGUAGCUGUGUCUAGUAGAUCAGUGAUCAGUAUACAUUUUUUUCAUCCCUGUAGCUUAUCUUUAGCCUCAUCUUGGUUUGCUCCUGAAUGUUCCUCAGCCCAACAUGUAUAGAUCUGCCACCUUAUUUACCCUGUUUUAUCCUCACAACCUGUAAGCAACCCAAUUCUACAUAUGAUGCAGCAGCCUCCUUGAGCUGGAGACAUGAAGCUUCCCCAGACAGCAGGCUUUACUGUGGGUUUUCUCUGAGGCUUUACUGUGAGUUUGAAGUUGCCCAAAAAACUAAUGCAAAAAGUGGAUCUUUUUUACCCCAGAUAUAAUUCAGGCUACACUCUAAUGCAUGAUGAAAAACCGAAUUGUGUGUGAAGUGCUCCCUGAUAGCACACAGGGACUUCGGGGUAAAUUUGGCCAAUAUGCGAAUGUACACCUUCCAUUCCGGAGGAGAUAGGAAAUAAAAGCCGGUUGAGAAAAACUUCAUGGUCUUCCCUGUGAUUUGUCAACGAUCUGUGAAUUCAGAUUGAACCAGAAACUACUGUUAGCGCAAGCUGUUGGUUGCAAAGCAGCUUUAAAGCACAGCUUCAGAUUCUGGUUUGAUAACCCCAAAUAAAUGCAGCUUGUAGGCAGGGUCAGGGUCAGACAUGAAAACAAGCCAUGGUUUAGCUAAACCAACAAAUUUCCAUGGUUUUGUCCCUGCUGAUGUGUCUGUUGCAUUGGACUUUCUGUUGAAAUAUUGAGUUACGUAGCAAUUGGACCAUUGUGCAUGUAUUGCAACCUUGUUCCGAGGUUCUCCACAGUCUGUUUCUCUCCUUCUACAGAAACAAAUGUUCAAUGUCUCCUCUGUGCUGCCUGGCGCUAACUCUAACAUCUCACUGCCACUGUCUGAUGACCGUGAUGAUACUCUGGCCCAAGCUGAAAUUGCCAUUUUGGCCACCAUCUUCCUGCUAGCCACUCUGAGCAAUGGGUUGGUGCUGGGAGCCCUCUUCCGCCAUGGCCACCGGGCCACACCUAUGCACCGCUUCAUCCGCCACCUCUGCCUGGCUGACUUGACCGUGGCUCUCUUCCAAGUGCUUCCACAGCUCAUCUGGGACAUCACUGACCGCUUCCAGGGCCCAGACUUCUUGUGCCGUGCCAUCAAAUACUUGCAGGUGGUUGGCAUGUUUGCCUCUUCAUAUGUCAUUGUGGCCAUGACUUAUGACCGCCACCGUGCCAUCUGCCGGCCCAUGCUGGCUUUCCGGAAGGGCCCAGCCUGCUGGUAUCGGCCUGUGGUGGUGGCAUGGACGGCUUCGUUCCUCCUCAGCCUUCCACAGCUCUUCAUCUUCUCCAAAACUGAGCUGCCAAGUGGAGCCCAUGAUUGCUGGGCUAGCUUUGCUGAGCCCUGGGGAACCCGGGCCUAUAUCACCUGGGUGACUCUGAUGAUCUUCAUCCUCCCCACUUUCUUCAUUGCCACCUGCCAGGGCAUGAUCUUCUGUGAAGUCUACCGCAGCCUGCGCCUGAGGCCAGAGGGAGCCCUUGUCAGCAAGGGCAGCCGACGAGGGAGUUCCCCCAUUUCUAGUGCUGUGAACAAGACCCUAAAGAUGACCUUGGUCAUUGUGCUGACCUACGUGUUCUGCUGGGCCCCCUUCUUCCUAGUCCAACUGUGGUCUGUUUGGGAUCCUCAAGCACCCAUUGACGGUGAGUCAUCCAGACCAGCUUUCACCCUCCUUAUGCUCGCUGCCAGUCUCAACAGCUGCACAAACCCCUGGGUCUACGCCGCCUUCAGCAGCAGCAUUUCAGGCGAGUUGUCUCGAAUCUUCUGCCCCAAGCUGUCCCGCCAGCGAAUUAGCUCCCUGUACGAGGACUCCACCUUUACAGCCAGCUCCUCCCUGGGACGGGACACCUUCUCCUAAGAGAGAUCCCCAUAAUGGCCUAAGACUGCAUCAAAAGGACCUAUCCCGCCAAACAAGCAUAAAAAGGACUGGGUGUGGCAAGAAAAAGGAAAGAGAGAGAAAUCCCUGGAGAAUCCCUCCCUCGGCAACCAGGAUGGGAUGAGACAAUGUGCAGCACCCUAAGGAGCUGGGAGGAAGCCUCCAUUAGCAGGGCAGAGCUAAGUCAAAGGAUGAUGCGUCUCCUAAGACGGCUGGAUGACUCCUCAUUGUUGAAGCAGCCCCCAACCACUGGAGCGAUGACUUUGACUAGGCCAACUCAUUAUUUCAAAGACUGAAUGACUGUUUGUUCUUCAUCAGGCUUAGGGGCUCAAGAUUAAAAAUAAGAGGGAGCCCUGUUUCGAGAGGCAAAAUGAGGCAGAUGACCCAGUGCACUAUGAAGGCAGCAGCAGGGAGAGGGAGAGAUCAGAUCUGACCCAGGGGGCUGCUAUCAUGGGCAUCCACAGGGAUUAAUGGGGGGUGGGGAGGCUGCAAUCAGUGUUCCCUGUAAGAGGGAUUUCCAGAUGUUGUUGACUACAACUCCAGUCAUUCCCAAGUGCAAUGGCUUUUGGCUGAGAAUUAUGAGAGUUGUAGUCAAUGCUUGACUAACAAGCAGAAGGUUGCUAAUUCAAAUCCCCACUGGUACUAUAUCAGGCAGCAGCAAUAUAGGAAGAUGCUGAAAGGCAUCAUCUCAUAAUGCUCAGGAGGAGGCAAUGGUAAACCCCUCCUGUAUUCUACCAAAGACAACCACAGGGCUCUGUUGGCGCCAGGAGUUGCAAUCAACUUGAUGGCACAUUUUACCUUUACCUUAGUCAAUAAUAUCUGGGAAUCCCUGUUAGAGGGAACACUGGCUGCAAUCCUAUACCCACUUAGCUGGAAGUAAGCCCCAUUGAAUUCACUGGAACUGGCUCAAUCCAGGAGUGGGAGGGCAACACUGACCCCUCUCCAGAUGCCUGUGGCUACUAUUGCAUUCUUGCACAGCUCCUGUUAGAGUUGCCAUGCUCUGUGGAAUUUCGGGUUUCAUCCAGAUUUGAAGCAUCUCACCCAGAUUGUUUAGUCCACCCAGAUUCGCUUGGAUUUCAGCUUUCAUCAUCAUCAUCAUUAUUAUUAAUAACAACAACUAAGCUUUAGCCCUUGUAGAAGCGGAGUUAUGGAGCAAAACGUGCAGCCACUAUUCUGCUCAAAAAUUAUUUUCAAGCCAAUUUACAUAAUAUGCAAAUUAGGCACCCGGAAUUGGAAAGCCAGAAUAUGGCAACCUCCUGCUGAAUUCAACAGGGCUUGGACAGGAGAGGUCAUAGCAAAACUGGUGCUCCUUAGACAAAUGAUGGCCUUUGUCACCCAGGCCCAUUCUGGGAUUCCAAGGAGACAGUUCUGCCCUCUCCACUCCCCUGGAAAUUGUCAUUACCUUGGAUGGUGCUUUUGAUCAAAUGAUGAGUCAACAUAUCUUCAAUGUUAGAAAUAUCCUUCCAUGUGGCCAGCUGCAGAAAUCGAGAUGGACAUGUUUCUUUCAUGUCAAUCUGACACCAUAUCCAAAGUGGCUAAGAAUUUAAGAUGAUCCAGUUGGGAAUCCUGAGUCCCUGCUCAGGAUUAGGGUCCGUAGGCAUCAGAGACACCUUUUUCGGAAUCAGAGAUGAUGACUGAGAUUUUUUGUGGAUUUUAGGCAGUUGAGAUAUCGGGCUGGGAGUGACAGGCUUCACGGGCUGCACUCUAUUGGCAGCACAGUGUAGUGUGUGCAUUGGCUUAGGAAUCUUUUCACUUGUAGUUGGCUUCAAAAUGCUGAGAAUAGAAAGAAAUAUAGAAAAAACUAUGUUUAGUUAGGAUGCACAUUCCAAACUCCCUGGCCAACCCUAGAAAAGGCUUGGUUUGGGGUCAGCACCAACUGAGCCAGUGACAACUGCAACCGAACCUCCCCAGAUGAUCUGAAUAGGCCACAGGGUUCAUGAAAAAGGUGGCAUUUCCUUUAAUAUCUUGGGCCCAAGCCCCAGAGACCAAGAUUGUUGCUGCAUUAUACAUACAUUCUGCAUACUACAGACAAAAACUGCCCAAUGUACGUGCAUUGCUGUAGUGCAGUCUGGGUGUUACUUUGCAUACGCACCACUGUUUCCAGGUGGUCUAUCUCCAGGAAUGGACAUAGCCGGCGUAUCAGCCUAAAGCUGAUAGAAAGCCCUCCUGGCCACUGCCUCAACCUGAGAGACCAGGAAGAGGCUUGGGUCCAGAAGUCCUCCUAGACUACAUACGGGCUCUUUCUGGGAGAGUGUAUCCCCAUCCCAAACAGGCAGACCUAAGCCACUUCCUAUGUCCAAACUUUCCACAAUGAGUACCUCUGUCUACCUUAGAUUCAGCCUCAGUUUGUUCUCCCUCAUCCGGCUCAUUACGGACUCCAGGUAAGUCUUUAGGGAAGUUAGGCCAUUUCCUAAUGAAGUUGACAUGGAGAAAGAGAUUUGGGUGACAGCAUAUGGAUAACACCCUGCACCAAAUCCCUGAUUAUUACCACCCCACCCACCCCCCACAGUUCCAUAUAUAUAUUAAAAAGCAUUGGAGAUAGAAUGGAGCCCUGUGGAAUCCCAAACAAUGGCUCUCAUUUGGAAGAGCAACAAGCUCCAAGCAACAGCAUCUAGGACCUACAUGAGAGGUAGGAGUGGAGCCACUGCAAAGCGGUACCUCUCACUCCGAACCCCUUCAGGACCUCCAGGAGGUUACACAAUCAAUGAUAUCCAAAGGAUCUGCCAAGAGAUCCAAAAGGAUCCACAGAGUCACACUCCCCCUGUUGAUUCCCAGUUGGAGACCACCCAACAGGCCUACCCAUCUCAACCCCAUAGCCCACCCAAAAGCCAUUUUGAAAUGGGACCAGUCAUCUGCUUCUUCUAAGACUACCUGGAGCUGAGAUGCCACUACCCUCUCAAUCACCUGGUCCUACCGUGGGAGGUUGGAGACAGGCCCAGAAUGGAAUCCAAUGCAUGUUUCUUGAUCCGUGGUCUAAUCAUGGCCUUUCUGAGGCAAGAAGGCAUCCUGCCCUUCCUCAGAGAAGCAUUAAUGAUGCUUCCAAGACCCUCUCCAAUAACUUCUUGCUAGAUUGUAUAAGCCAUGUUGGGCAAGGAUCAAGAAAACAGGUAGUCAAGUGAAGUGUCCCAAGCAGCUUGUCCACAUUCUCUGCUGUCACAAAUGGAAAAUGAUCCAAUUCCACCAUACAAGAGGAGCUGCUGGACACCUCCACAGUAGGCUCUGCAGUACCUGUAGAGUCUAGUUCAGUUCGAUGAAGAGAGUUUUCAUCUGCAAACAUCUCAUUUAAAAUGUCACAAUGGGUAGCUGAUGGAUCCAAAUACUCAUUCAAGGGAGGAGGGCCAUGUACUAGCCCUUUCACAACUUGAGACAACUCUGCUGAAUGUGAGCUUGCAGAAGCAAUGCGGGCAGAAAAGAACUGCAUUUGAUCAAUUGAAUAAGUGCCGUCAAGUCGGUGUCGACUCUUAGCGACCACAUCAUUUUGAUAAUGGAAAGGCAAAAUGUUCAUAAUAAAAAAUGAUUUUGC